GAUAGAUAAUUCAUUUCACUGCAUUCAAAUGUCGCCUGUUUGCCACAGAUUUGCGAGAUGUUAUGAGAUAUUUUCAUGUUACUGAAAUGACAUUUCAAUAAGUCUUGACUAAUUCGAUGAAAUGAAGUUACCUCUGAAGCUUGGAAUAGGUGGAUUGAGUUUGGCUCUGUUUUCGGCACUGAUGGGAUUUUUAGCAUUUGAUCCGAUAUUACGAUUUGGAGUGAGAGAUCAAGUCGCUCUGAAAAAACGAAACGAAAUUAGAGAUAUAUAUCUAAAACUGCCAUUCCCUUUGGAUUUUCGAGUAUACUUUUUCAACGUUUCCAACCCCAUGGAGGUUCAAAAAGGAGCCAUACCGAUUUUGAAAGAAGUUGGACCUUAUUGUUAUGA